UCAUUGUCAGUGUCAGCUGCGAGUGGCGUAUUUAUUGUAUUAUUUUCUUUAUUUUUCAGUUCGUUGAAAUCGUUUCAUCAGACCGGUUACUUCCACUUUUUGUUUGUUCUGACCUAAUUGUUUAUCUACUAAAAUGAAAGCUAAGUCUGGCUUGACUCGUUUUCAUAACUGCUUUAUUCUUCGCGAUAGUGAAAUAAUAAAAGAGGACCUCUGGAUUCGAAAUGGUAAAAUUGAAAAUCCUGAACAUAUAUUUUAUGUAGAACAACUGGAAGCUGACGAGACAAUAAACUGUGAGGGCUUACUGAUUUCUCCGGGUUUUAUCGACAUUCAAAUUAAUGGUGGAUGGGGUAUAGAUUUUUCAUAUGACCAUGAAAAUGUCGAAGAUGGUGUGCACAAAGUAGCCCAAAAUUUGUUGUCACAAGGAGUGACAUCCUUCUGCCCAACCAUGGUGACAUCAGAUAAGGAAAAAUAUAAGAAAAUCCUUCCCCACAUUAAAAAGAGUCCUGGUGGCAAACAUGGUGCCACUAUCCUCGGAGUCCACCUAGAGGGCCCAUUUAUUAAUAUCCAAAAGAAGGGGGCCCAUAUGGAUCAAUACAUCAAAUCACUAGAUAAGGGCAUAGACACUAUCAAUGAGAUUUACGGAUCCCUCGACAACGUAGUUAUAGUGACACUAGCCCCUGAACUGCCUGGAGCCACUCAAGCCAUCAAGGACUUGACGAAAUUGGGCAUUAAAGUCGCACUGGGUCAUUCAGCGGCAAGCCUAGCUCAGGGAGAAGAGGCGAUUAAGAAUGGAGCAAAUCUCAUUACGCAUUUGUUCAAUGCAAUGUUGCCAUUCCAUCACCGCGACCCCGGCUUGGUGGGGCUGCUGGCAUCGACGACCAGCAAGCAGGUCUACUACGGAAUAAUAUCGGAUGGGUUGCACACACACCCCGCGGCGCUGAGAAUAGCCUGCAGAACUAAUCCUGAAGGUUUAGUUCUGGUCAGCGACGCCGUGGCAGCCCAAGGCUUGGCCGACGGCAACUACCAUAUCGGACCACAGCGGGUGACGGUGCAGGGCGGUAAAGCGUACGUCGAGGGCACUAAGACGCUAUGUGGCAGCACGGCCAACCUCGACGAGUGUGUACGCACCUUUAAGGAAGCUACAGAUUGCACUUUGGAGUACGCCCUGGAAACGGCUACGCUACACCCCGCACGGGCUCUGGGCAUAGAAGCCAGAAAGGGGACCCUCAACUUUGGAAGUGACGCGGAUUUCGUCGUCAUGCACCCUAAAACACUUAAAGUGCUAUCCACGUGGAUCGCAGGGGAAUGUGUGUAUAAAUGUCAAAGUAACGGAUUAUAAAUUAUUCCAAUUACUGCAAUGUUCUGCCGCCAGAGAGCAGCACUAUCGCAUAUUCUGAACCAGCGUACGCCUUAAACAGAUUUUUGAAAAGUUUUCACUAUGACAUUGAUGCAUCAUGGCGGUUUGUUUACAGAGGCUUGCCGCGAAACGUGAAAAUCGAUAUUUCGUUAUCUGCCUCUUUAUCGCUCGAGUAUGCAAGAGUGAUAGAGAGGAAUAAAAUGAAACUUCGAGUUUCAUAUUUCACGGUAGGCCCUCAAUAUGUGGCAGAGUUUAGCGUAAUAUCCCCAUAUUGAUGAAAUGUAAGCGUAUGAAUAUAAAAAUAUUAUUGUGAUAAGACUGUGAAGAUACGUAUACAACAAUUUAUUUGAUACAAUUUGAGAUAUCUGAAACCAACUGAAAUUGAAAAACAUGGGAUGUUUACGUAAUUUGUUUAGGCAAUACUACUACGAUUAGACUUGCAAAGUUUGUAAAUUCAAUCUGUUUUUUGAUCCUGUUUUGUUUAAAAUCAAUUGUAAAAAUAUGGGAUCAUACGUCUUGAUCAAAAAUAUGUGUUUUAUGUUGACGAAUUAAUAACUAUAGGACUUAUUUUUCGAGUAUGUUGUAUACAGUAUGCAUCUAUGUUUUUACAUUGACUGUUUUAAAGAGAACAUUUGAAAUAGAGGUGGAUUGUCAAAGAAAAUUUUGUAGCCACAGAAAAUUUACUGCCAUCUUUCGAGACUGGAUUAAAACUUUUAGAAUGCCAUUUGACUUUGAUCCAAUCCACCUCUAUUUCAAAUUCUCUGACUAUACUACUUUAUUGGGAGUUGGUCACAUGCCAUAUAUGUGCAUAUAGAAUAUGGCGCUAAUAAUAAUAUAACAAAUAUGUACAUCAUGUUACCAUUUAGUUUACGCUAUAUAUGUAUAGCUGAAAAUAAAAUAAAUGUACUUUCACUUA